UAAAAUUGGUCUGGCCUUUUUCUGCUUCAAUUCUUCCUUAUUUGUACAUCCUGUGUCCGAAGGCAAAGAGCUUUUCAUGAAUCAGGAAGUGGUCGAGGCACUUCACUUGGCAUAGCGCCUUGCAGAACUGGGAAAUCAACCAAAAUCAACCUCAUGGAAACCUAGUUUUGAAAAUACAGCAGCAUCUGACAGAAGCCUUGCUCCCAGGGAAGGAGGCCCAGGAGAGGGACCAGGGAUGAUCGCCCUUACCCUUCUUUUCUCAAUUGCAUCUUCUUUCCAGUGUGACUGAAAAGUCGGGCUUGGCUACGCAGGGAAGAUAGGGCUGGGAAGGUGAUGAGAAAGUUCCAUGAGACUCAGAAGUUACCGCCUGAAUAUCAAACCUGUGUAACCAGGAGGGUGGAGGGAGGGAGGGAGCCGCUGCAGACUUUCAGUCGUUCCUGCGCGUCCUGCCCACGCUGCAGGUUUUUCAGGUCCUUGCUUGAGCUGCACUCCCAGGCGUAAACAGACUUGCUAUCAGCAGCGUCAGCCCGGCCCAGCUAUUUAAACUGGCAUCAGCAUUCGCAGAUUCCCAAACCCAGGGCUCACCUCUGCUGCUUCCACCAGCCAGCCGCGCCGGGACCAUGUCUGCAGAGAGCCGGAGCGGCCCCACGGAGGACCAGGUGGAGAUCCUGGAGUACAACUUCAACAAGGUCAACAAGCACCCGGACCCCACCACGCUGUGCCUCAUCGCGGCCGAGGCCGGCCUUUCGGAGGAGGAGACCCAGAAAUGGUUUAAGGAGCGUCUGGCCCAGUGGCGGCGGUCUGAAGGCCUGCCCUCGGAGUGUGGAUCUGUCACCGACUAGGGAGAUGGUGGACAUUGGCAGCCUCACUCCAGGAAGACCAUCUGCUGACCAUCUGCUGUUUCUCACCUCAGCUUAAUCAGCCCAUUUUGAUUUUUCAGGGCCGUGUCGUAGGGUAGUCUACUAUUUAACACAAUGUUGUAGUUUUUUUCAAUGUAUGUAACUAGAAAAGGACAUUUCAACAGGAAACUCACACACAGCUUCCGUGUAAUGCAAUGGCUUAGCCAGGAAAGGUUAAGCCUUUACCUUUACUUCCCCUUUUAUGUCUGUGACAGAUGAACCAACUACGUAAGUUCGAGUUUGAGUCUGCAUUUCAGAGCAAGCAGAGCCUCUGCUGAUAAGAUCAAAAGAUGGAGAGUUCAAGAAGUUUCCUCAUAAAUCUGCUUCCCUGAGUUGUAUUCACCACACUUUAUUUAACAGAGAUGCUCUGGUGCGGACCCUGAAAUGCACUUGAAUGAUUCACGUUGCAUAAAACAGCAUCUUGGCUGGAGAGUUGCAGUCAUUUGGAAAUAACCCUGUUAGGCUAGAAGAUAGAAACUCCAAUGGGCUGAAAAGCAAGUCACUUAGAAAAUGACAGGAUUAUUUAAAUGCCUUUGUUAAAUUUAUUUUGCUAAAUAAAACAAACUGCUUUUUUCUCUAAAA